AUGCCACUGCAUCAGUGGCCAACUUGGCCCAUCUACCAGAAGUUCGUUGAGAUCAUCUGUGACGUUGACCGCAAGAAGGUGUCCUUCCACGUGGGGAGCAAAAAGGACAACCUGCAGGAGGUGAAGACCUUGGAGCUGCCUUACGACGAGGAGGUCAAGCUGGCCAUCACGGGCUGGUGUCCGCUUGGAGCCGCCGCAGAAGUGGAUGGGAGGCACCGACGCAUGCAACUGGCCGAUUUGGAUGAGCAGUUCUCCAACACCUGUGGAAACGUGGCCGCUGCCCCGGGCAAUGAGCCUCGGGCAUUCCGGGCACAGAAAUGCAGCCCGAACUGA